GGAAGUAGCGGUCGCCACUGAGGGCGGGAUGCCGGUCGCUGUGCAGCGUCACCGCGGCGGGCCUGCUGCUCCGAGUCCGGCCAUGAAGGCGGUGCAGGAGGAGACGGAGCCGCUGCUGGGGCCGGGACAGGGCGAGGACCAGGACCAGGGCCCGAGGAGGGCGGGCGGCCUCCACGAGGAGCUGGUGGAGAGCGUGUCGCUGUACCGCCGCCGGCCCUUGCCGCUGUACGGCACGCUGGGGCCUUUCGCCGCGCUCUACGCCGCCUGGCUCUACCUGUGGGUCGGCCACUACGGGGUCAGCCAGUACCCGGAGGCGGGCCUCAUCGCCCUCGCCGCGCUCGCCAUCCUGCACAUCCUCACCGUGUUGUCGGGGCACUGGUCUGUGCACGCUCAUUGCCUGCUCACUUGCACCGCGGAACCAAACCCUUUCAAGGCCACUUAUGCGAAGGUUGUUCCUACCGCUAACAAUGGGUCCCCUGAAUUGGUGCUGCUCCUACAUGACCAGGACACGAAUCAACAGAACACCAUCUAUUUUGAGUUUCAAAAGAUUAAAUACUGGUUUGAUGAAGAUGAGAAUGAGUUUCUCCCUGUCGCUUUCCCAGUAGAUUUUCAAAUUAAUUUUUACCAGACUGCCAAAGGAUUCCAGGAUGAAAUAGAACUCAAAGAUGCCGAAAAGAAAUAUGGUAUAAACAAGGCUGAAAUGAUAGUUCCUGAAUUCAUGCAACUCUUCAAAGAGCGUGCCAUUGCUCCUUUCUUUGUUUUUCAGGUGUUCUGCGUGGGUCUGUGGUGCUUGGAUGAAUACUGGUAUUACAGUGUCUUUACCCUUUUCAUGCUGGUAGCCUUCGAAGCCUCCUUAGUGCAGCAACAAAUGAGGAACAUGUCAGAGAUCCGGAAAAUGGGAAACAAGCCCUUCAUGAUCCAGGUCUACAGGAAUAGGAAAUGGAGGCAAAUCUCAAGUGAAGAGAUUAUUCCCGGUGACAUUGUUUCAAUAGGUCGGUCACCUCAUGAGAAUCUGGUCCCUUGCGAUGUUCUGUUGCUCAGAGGGCGAUGUAUUGUAGAUGAAGCUAUGCUAACAGGAGAGUCUGUUCCACAGAUGAAGGAACCAGUGGAGGACGUUCCUCCAAAUCAGACACUGGACUUGCAAUCAGAUUCAAAGCUGCAUGUAAUAUUUGGGGGAACCAAAGUCGUUCAACAUACUCCACCCCAAAAAUCUAGUGCGGGACUCAAACCUGUGGAUAAUGGGUGUGCUGCCUAUGUACUGAGGACUGGCUUUAACACGUCUCAAGGCAAACUGCUGCGAACAGUCCUAUUUGGAGUCAAACGGGUUACUGCCAAUAAUCUGGAGACAUUUAUCUUCAUACUUUUCCUUCUCAUCUUUGCUAUUGCUGCAGCGGUAUACGUUUGGGUAGAAGGCACAAAGGACCCAAACAGGAACCGUUACAAGCUGUUUUUGGAGUGUACGCUAAUCCUAACAUCUGUUGUUCCACCUGAGCUCCCAAUUGAGUUAUCACUGGCUGUCAACACUUCACUUAUUGCCUUAGCUAAACUCCAUGUGUACUGUACAGAACCCUUCCGGAUCCCCUUCGCCGGGAAAGUGGAAUUCUGCUGCUUCGAUAAAACAGGCACUCUGACAAGUGAUAACCUGGUGGUCAGAGGGGUUGCCGGACUCCGAGAGGGCAAGGAAUUGGUUCCCGUCUCGGAGAUUCCCCUACAGACACACCGGGUGGUGGCGACAUGCCACUCACUGGUACAGAUGGAUGACGGCACAUUGGUUGGUGAUCCCCUUGAAAAGGCAAUGCUCACUGCUGUUGACUGGACACUCACAAAAGAUGAGAAGGUUUUCCCUAAAAGUAUCAAAUCACAAGGUCUGAAAAUCCACCAGCGCUUUCAUUUUGCCAGUGCGUUGAAACGCAUGUCGGUCUUGGGCUCCUACGAGACGAUGGGCUCCACGGACCUCCAGUACUUCAGCACAGUGAAGGGGGCACCUGAAACGUUGCGUAGCAUGUUCUCGGAGCGUCCAAGUAAUUACGAUUCUGUCCACACGGAGAUGUCACGAGAGGGAGCAAGAGUAUUAGCCUUGGGGUAUAAAGAGAUGGGAUACCUCACUCAUCAGCAGGUUCGCGAAAUAGCCCGUGAGGAUUUGGAAUCGAACCUGAAAUUUGCAGGCUUCAUGGUAGUCUCUUGUCCCCUCAAGAGUGAUUCAAAAGCUGUCAUUAAAGAGAUCCAGAAUGCAUCGCAUCAGAUGGUUAUGAUCACUGGUGAUAACCCGCUAACAGCCUGCCACGUGGCCCGUGAACUCUCCUUCCUACAGAAAGUGCACACACUUGUCCUCCAGGCACCGCACGACAAAGGAGCUGAAUGGAAUUGGAAGUCAAUUGACGGCACAAUUCUUGUUCCCAUGAUUUUACCGACUGGCGAGCUGACCAAAGAUUACGACCUGUGCAUGACUGGAGAAGGUCUUAAUCACUUAAGCACAAUGAACAAACCAUUCCUGAUGAAGCUUAUGCCUCACAUCAAGGUGUUUGCCCGGGUUGCACCGAAACAGAAGGAGUUUGUAAUUACCAGUUUUAAGAGCCUGGGUUACACCACCUUGAUGUGUGGCGAUGGAACUAAUGACGUCGGAGCCUUGAAGCAUGCUGAUGUUGGAGUGGCCUUGCUAGCCAACACACCCGAGCGAAUUCCGGACAAGAAAAAGAAGACAAAAGAGGCGAUAAACGAUGCAAAAUCGGUGGCUUCCAAUGCAGGCGGCAACAUGAAGUUAAGCUCGCGAGCAGCAAGGCACCGGUUCAUGUCACAGCGGGAGGAACAGCUUGCCCUGCACCGGGAGCGUCUCAACCAGGUGCUGAAGGACCUGGAGGAGGACCAGAUGCCUGUAAUUAAACUGGGAGAUGCCAGCAUUGCAGCGCCAUUUACUUCCAAGUUGUCAUCCAUCAUGUGCAUAUGCUAUGUGAUAAAGCAGGGACGGUGCACGUUGGUAACUACUCUGCAGAUGUUCAAGAUCCUUGCAUUGAAUGCCCUGAUACUUGCCUACAGCCAGAGCGUUCUGUACCUGGAAGGGGUUAAAUUCAGUGACUUUCAGGCGACUCUGCAGGGACUCCUUUUGGCUGGUUGUUUCCUCUUCAUCUCUCGAUCCAAGCCAUUGAAGUCCCUAUCCAAGGUGCGACCACUGCCAAACAUAUUCAACCUGUACACCAUCCUCACGGUCCUGCUGCAGUUUGCUGUCCACUUCAUCAGCUUAGUUUAUUUGUACAAGACAGCACAGAAACAUUCUUCCUCCAGGAAGGACGAAUUCGUGGAUCUGUACAAAGACUUUGAGCCGAGCCUGGUGAACAGUACUGUCUACAUCAUGUCCAUGGCUAUGCAGAUGGCCACUUUUGCCAUCAACUACAAGGGUCACCCGUUCAUGGAGAGCCUGAGGGAGAACAAGCCUUUGCUGUGGAGUAUUGUUAUCUCUGGCCUCGCCAUUGUGGGCCUGCUCACCGGCUCCUCGCCAGAGUUCAACCAACAGUUCGGGCUGGUGGAUAUCCCGAUGGAGCUGAAGAUGGUGAUUGCGUGUGUGCUGGUGGUCGACUUCCUGGUGGCACUGGGGAUCGACCGAACGCUGCAGGCGUUGCUGGGCAACAGCAGAUGCCGCGUGCCUUCCUGAUGACUGCGAUGGCGGCCGGACCAACCUGAUCUCACCACACCGGUCCACGGCUGUGCUCUCCGGCAGGGGAACGCAGGGUGGCAGCGGCUGAGCAAAAAGCCACUCCCCACUGGUGGACUUUUAACUCGCCAACGGUUUUCUUAGAUGGCUUUUGAUACAAAAAGACUGGUAUUUUCAUACCCAAACAAACAAUUUGGAGGUGAGAAAAUAAUAAAUCCAUGUGCAAUCUGA